CUGCGUGUACCACCUUUAUCGCUAGCUUGAUUUGUGACGUUUGUUUGACCACUAGUUGGCGCUAGCGGUACUUCAAUGAACAAUAAUUUUUCUUAGCGGUUGGUUUCACAUCGGUAUUAGUAGAUCGCGAUCAAAAGCAAAACAAAAGUCCUGUAAUUUUCUGGUUCUGCAUAUUUUUUUUCCAAUUUAGUCAUGAUUUAGAGCUCCUAUUUGUUUUUGUUAGUUAAAUUUACCUUUCUAGUGUAAAAUGACGCUGUCGCACUUUAUAGAAAAACUUAAAGUCGGUAAGCGAUUUGUGUUGCUCGACCUGGUAGUCCAACCAGAAUGCGAGCAACCGUGGGAAUCAACUGGCCCGGAGAAUAAGUUUUUAUCUAAAGAUGAGUGGAAGUUAAUAUAUCGAGAGCUGGAUUCUGUUUGUCGAAAUCAUUUCGGAGAUACUGCGGCUAGGGCAAAGAAAACAUCGUACUCUUUAGAUAAGGAAUAUCAGCAUCGAUUGAUCGCUAAGCCGAAUAUAUUAAUCAAAUAUGAGUUCAAGGGCGUAAACCAGCGGGACAAUUUAAAUUCAAUUUUUCACGAUAGCGAUAGAAAGCUACAUGUUGACUGUCUGUACGUUCAAAUUAUCGAUGAUGCAAAGGAGAUUUUCCAGGAGCUAGAAGAGAAAAAGCAGAUAAUCGAACGACUACAGAAAGAGAACGAAGGACUAAAAAUACUAACCGAGGCAAACCAGGAGUACACACCGGUACCAAUAAAGAGUUCCCAAUCCUUGGACUCGUCAUCGGAACAUCCAGAGUACAUUCCUAUUGCAAUCAACGGAAAUUCAUCGCCAACGAAAACCAAGUACAAACCUUCCAAGAUAGAGGAUACCGUAAAAGUAGAGCCGGAUCCAUACACUCCUACUUCCAGCCAGGAAUAUGAUGUCGGGAAGCAUUCCUAUGUUCCUGCUGCAACGUUUUCCACUCCGAAUAAACAAGCAUCUGAUCAAAAAGUUGUGUCCAGUUCAGGCGAAAGCAGGUUGAAAGGUAAAAGACGUCGCCCACGCCAUGCAGAAAUAUUUGGCCGUUCGGAUGACGACGAGGAGGGAAACGAACCAUCAUCGUCAUCGUCGCCAAUCAUAAAGCAGGAGCUGGCUGCUAAUGGAAGCGUGGAGAAUAUUUUCAGCCAAGAAUCGCCUUCCAAAGCGGUCGAUCUGAUCGGUAGCAGCAGCGAAGAGAUGCCAAAGACUGAUGAUCAAAAGCGAGCGCAACUUCCUAGAAAAACUAAAACCAACGCCAUCAAUCAUCUGGAGGAAAAUUGUCAAAAAAGCAAGGGUUUGUCGACGGUCGCGAUCCCGAAACGUCGCCGUAAAGAUAGUGAAUCAAGAGGAACUUCUUCAAAGAAUACUAAACCUGCUACCGGGGUGCUUAACAAUAGUGGGACCAUGGACGGUUGGAUUAUAAAAGAAGGCAAAGCAAAUUCGUCCUCUAGGAAGGAAGGCGAAACGUCCUCCAAGCAGUUUCACAAGGAUAAGGAUAACGACGGACAUAAGAGCAGCAAGAAGGUGAAGAAAGAAUUAAUUGUACCUGUUCUCAGGAAACCAGUGGACCACGAGAAGCUUAGAGCGGAGGCGGAAGUCAUGCGAAAGACUUGCGCUGGUCUGGAUAAGCUGAAUGAAAUGCUACCGGUGGAUAAGAGUGAACUCGACGUGCCAAUUUUAAACUGUUUCAAAAUGACGAUCAAGCAAGUGCUUGCCACAUUUGCUGAGUAUCGGGGAGAACUGCGCCAAAUAUUUGAUCGCUACAAAGAUCAAACGGAACGGCAGUGGCAACAUGCGCAAGAGCUGUGCUAUUUUACGGAGGUGACGAGCGUGCUGGAAGAUGACCAAAAGUAUGCGAUGAUGAUGUGCUUGGAGGAAGAGUUCGUUCCCGAUGAGGAUCGAGGCAGGUAUACGGAGUUUUUCUCUUCAAUACUUAUCAUGGAGUGGGGCAUCCGCAUUUGGAUGAAGCGGUUCAACUUUACCGACCGACGGGAAGCCCUGGAGCGUAUUCGACUGCAGGAGGAGGCUAAUCCGAUGGAACUAACUUCGAGCUACCUGGAGUCGUUGACUUGUAGUAACAAGAAGCGGCGAUGAACUCUGCGAACACUGACACUAUCAGAAUUGUUUUGAAAUGAAAUACUUUGUUAUUUUUCUGUUGAUUACCGUGUGUGAGGCCUUAACUUGAAGCGAUGAGUGCCAGUUAUUUGAAAUACGGUCGUUGACGAAUACUUCGAAUACUGAGCGGUGAAAUAAAUUUAUGUUUUUGAUGUCCUUUACAAGUAA